GUUGCAGAGGAAUGGCAGCGAGCAGCCGCUCGACACGAUGUUUCUGCUCGACUCAUAGUCUGCUCUCUCAUCUCUCUUUCUGUUUCUUUUUUCUUGUGUGUGGGGGGGGAAAAAAAUGCCACAAAUUCACGUUUGAAUGCAACGUGUCUCCUUUUAGGCCUUUUCAUGAAUAUAGACUCCGCCAUUUUGAGAAACUGCCCAAAUAAAAUACAAGAAGUGUUUGAGGAAGAGAAAUCUCAGGGUGGAUUGUGCGUGAGAGACAGAGAAAAAGAGUGAGGACAGGGGAAAUAUCACAGAAAUAAAUAUACAUUGCGCUUAAACUGACGAGCUUUGAAGAGGUUGGUGAGCGAAUUUCAGGAAGUCCACACGCGAUUGUGCUUCAAAUUUAAAUUAAUACAUUUCUCCAAUUUCGCAACAGUAGUAACUGUGAUGGAGAAAAGCAUUGUGAGUGACUGCUCUCCUGCUACUGGUAGUCAGGAUUUUGAUGUUUUCAGUGCUAUGGAUUGGAAGGAUGGAAUAGCUACACUUCCAGGGAGUGAUUUAAAGUUCAGAAUAAAUGAGUUUGGUGCAUUGGAGAUCAUCACAGAUGAAACAGAAGUAGAUAGGAUAAAAAAGGCAACUGCAACAACAACAUGGAAUGUGCCCACUGCGCAGGAAGUUUUAUCUAGAAAUUCCAUUCCAUCAAACAUGGAGGAGCCACCCAGUAUGGAGGGCAUACUUUGCUGUGAGAAUUGCGGUCAUUAUGGGAUGACUGAGGAGUUUAGUCAUGGACGUAAAUUUUGCAGUGAACGGUGUACGCAGCAAGCAAAGGACAAGGUAUCUAUGUCAAAAAAGGAACUACCAGCAUACAACAGCGAAGAGGUUUCUAAAUACAAUCGAAAAAAAAGACAAAAGCCAGCCCUGUCUUUAAAAGGAGAUAUUAAAGAAAAUGGUGUGAUGUUGAAGGAAGAGGAGGAAGACAUUCUCAUCAAAGACCAGGGAUACAACAUGAGAUAUUCCCGGAGAAACUCAGUGAGUUGUCGGGGAGUUCUGCCAUCUACCAAAUGUGAAGAGAAACCGGGAGAGCUGAAGAUGCUCAAAGUAACACAGAACAAUCAAGCUCGUGCUCGGAGAAAAAGAAAAUGUGACUCUGGAUUAUUAAAACAAACUUUAACGUUUGGAGGAAAGAGAAAAAACUGGUCUUGGGCUUCUUAUUUGGAAGAGGAGAAAUCUGUGGCGGCACCUACUAAGCUUUUUAGAGAGUAUCAAUCAUUUCCACAGAGCAAAAAUGGAUUUAAAGUUGGAAUGAAACUUGAAGGGGUUGACCCAGAACAUCCAUCCAUGUACUGUGUUCUUACUGUGGCUGAGGUGUGUGGCUACAGAAUAAGACUCCACUUUGACAAAUACUCUGACUGCUAUGACUUCUGGGUGAAUGCAGACUCACCAGAUAUUCACCCUGUGGGAUGGUGCGAGAAAACUGGACAUAAGCUUAAUCCUCUCAGAGGCUACAGAGAAGAUGAGUUUAACUGGCAUUCAUACUUAAAGAUGUGCAAGGCUCAAGCGGUGCCAAAGUCUCUAUUUGAAAACCAAAACACGACAAUUACCCCUUUGGGCUUUCGAUUGGGUAUGAAACUGGAAGCUGUUGAUAAAAAGAAUCCAGAAUUUAUUUGUGUGGCAACAGUAUCCGACAUGGUUGACAACCGGUUCCUGGUGCAUUUUGACAACUGGGAUGAAAGUUAUGACUACUGGUGCGAUGCCACAAGUCCUUACAUUCACCCAGUUGGAUGGUGCCAGCAGCAUGGGAAAAUCCUCACAACCCCUCCAGAUUAUCAUGACCCAAAACAUUUUUCAUGGGAGAAAUACUUAGAAGAAACAAACUCUCUACCUGCACCUGCACGGGCUUUUAAAUCUCGGCCCGCACAUGGAUUUCUCCCAUACAUGAAAUUUGAGGUGGUUGACAAACGGAAUCCAAUGCUUAUCAGAGUAGCAUCAGUCAUAGACACAGAUGAUCACCGAGUAAUGAUACAUUUUGAUGGAUGGAACCAUGAUUAUGAUUACUGGAUUGAUGCCGACAGUGCUGAUAUCCAUCCUGCGGGCUGGUGCGCUAAAACUGGUCACCCUCUUCAGCCACCCAUCAGCCCAUUGGAUCUGGUGGAAGCUUCAGAACAAGGAGGAUGUCCUACUCCUGGCUGUAAAGGCAUUGGCCACAUUAAAGGAGUGAAACAUUCUGGCCAUCACAGUGCUUUAGGUUGCCCAUACUCUGAGAUCAACCUCAACAGAGAAAAUGUGCUACAGGAUCGAUUGAAUGGAGAAAUGCCCGUCUCCAGUCCUGGUAUACCAAGGAACAAGAAGGUCGAAGCAGAUGCAACAGAAACAAUUCCUUGUUCAUCUACCAUCACAUCUCAAGGAAAUUGCUCGAAGGACAGUUGGCUCUCAGAAGUAGCUGUUCAAGGAAAACGAAGUGCUGAGGAUUCUGUCUCUGAUGAAGAAUCGCCGUGCAAAAAACCUCUCAUGUUUGCUAACAAAGGAAGAAAAUGUCCCAGAGCGGGUAGACCACUGAAGCAUCCAAAGUUAAAGGAGGAGGAUGACAUUGCCAAUAAAGUUAACUGUCAAAAUGAAAACAAGGAAAAUGAUGAUUUCAGCCUGCAGCAAGCAUUGCACCAGUCAGUGUUUAUGUCCUCCGCGUGCCCAGUGCCCAGUCCACCUCUCUGCUGGGAACAACACAGCAAACUAUUACCCGGAGUUGCUGGCAUCACUGCCAGAAAAGUAGCAAAGUGGACAAUUGAUGAGGUAUCUGAAUUUAUACUGAGUUUGCCAGGUUGUGAAGAACAAGCCAAAGCUUUUAAGCAUGAGCAAAUUGAUGGAGAAGCAUUUCUACUACUGACUCAGACAGAUAUUGUGAAGAUAAUGAGCAUUAAACUAGGACCUGCUCUGAAAAUCUACAACUCGAUCCUCAUGUUCAAAACUGCAGAGGAAAAUGGACAAAAUGAGCUUUGAAACUGAAGGAACAGCACCACAGCUGUCGAUCACCUGUUUCUCAAUUAAACCUCAUCUUUAAUUCAAAGCACAAGAACUCUAUAUUAGAAUGGACUUCCAAAACAGUACUACUGGAAUAUUUACUGUUGAUUCAGCAGACUCAUUUAGAGUGUUUGUAUGUUCAGCAGUUCUAGAAAUUGAGCUCAUCUCCCAUCCAUUUCCUCAGGACUUAAUUAUGCAAAUACCUGCCCAAGUGAUUGACCUUUGAAUUGUAUAUUUAAAUAUGGCUGAAGGGUUUCUUCCAAGAACUGGACAUUUAAUGUAUCAGACACUAAAAUGGAUUAAUUGUGUUCUUUUUUUAACUUUUAUUUGCGGUGGAAUGAUUUGGUUGUGUAUAGAAUUGUUUGAUAAAUCACAGAAAUAUCUGAUAAUGUAACAUUUCAUUUACCAAAGUAAUGAAAUAUACAUAAGGAUAUAUAUUUUCAAAAGUGAGCAUAGCUGAAUUUAAUUUAACUCUUUGAUUGUAUGUAUCUUAAUUUAAUAUGCAAAGUUUUCAGGAAGUUUUAAUUACGACAAACGCAAUUGACUUUCUCAGCUUUAAUUAAAACUUUUUUUUUGUUUAUUCAGUAUUGUGUUAAUGUUUGAUACAAUAACCAUUUUAUGUAAAUUGCAUAAAUUAAAGGAUGAAUGAACUGCAGGUAAAGUCAAACAAUGUUGUGACAAACUUGCAUUAGUAAACUCUGAAAUAGAUCCUCUGCACAUUGGGCACUUACUGAAUUUGGAGCAUCAGGCACAUGCCCUGGUCAAAACAAUUACUAAUAUUCUAUCAUUGAAUUGAAUAUUGGAUUACUAAAUCGACCUUCCCAGUAAGUAUGCAUCUCUUUUAAACAAUUCUAAACCUUCAAAUAAAAAUGAACCAUCCCUUCCAUAUCUUGACAAUCCUUUGAAGUCACCACUCCUGAAUUUGCAAAUAAAAUACAUUUUUCAGAUCAAAAGUAAUUAACCUAGCUCUAAUGUAAUUUAAAUUAUAAUCACAAGUUGAACAUUUGUGCAAUAAUAGUUUUAAUUGGAAGAGUUGAGUUUAGUUGAGUUGUUAAUAAUGGGAGGUCUGCUGCUGAACGUUGCAAUACAUCAACAAAAAAAUUUAAUAUUGUGCCUUUAAGUUAGUAAUGUCAGAAGGCAUCAGAGGACUAUUGCCAUAUAAUAGUAACACCAAGUCACACAAUAUUUGAGCAGAUGGAUAAGCUAAGUUCACUUUUAAGAAGAUUUUUUCCAAACAAAAGUUGUGGGGCACAGAGGCUCUGGGUGGGAAUUUAGGUGUUUGUGUGCUGUUGAAGACACCAUUAACUGUGUGUGUGGGGGGAGGGGGGGGGUUGAUUUAAGAAUUAUCAAGAGGCCAAGUUGAGAGGGUUGUAAAUCAGAGGGGUGUGCAAGCAAGGAUGAGAUUUUUUUUUAAAUGGAGGCAAUGUGAAUUUGGAAGCCAGCAUAAGUGUGCAUAGAACUGUCUAGAUUAGUACAUGGGCGGCUGUUUUCAACAUCCUCUGGUUUAUACAGACACCAAGAGGUUAGCCAAAACUCACUGGAUUUGUGAAAUCUAGAGGCAACAAAGGGUUAAGUGAUUUAGCUGAAGAUGAACUGGAAAAAGAGUAGACUUUUAGAGAUGGAAAUGUGUACAUGGUCAGGUAUGACACUAAGGUUGUAAACUGCCUGGUUCUGUUUCAGAUGGAUACCAGGAAUUGGGAUGCAAUCUAGUGGCAAAGGAACAGAGUUUGCAGUAGCCACCAAAUAUAAUGCCUUCAAUCCUGACAUUUGGCUGGAGAUUUCUCCUUCAGACAUUGCUGCACUUUGGACAAGCAUUCUGAAGAGAUGCUGGGUGUCAUAACUGGGCUAAAUAUUUGGAUGUUUGGUUCACCAAAGGCUGCAGAUGCUGGAAAUCUGAAAUCCAAAUAGAAAAUACUAGAAAUGCAGGUUUAGGCAGUAUCAGUGGAGAGAUACUCAGAUACAGACUUAAUGCUUCAGGUCAAUGGCCUUAGUUCUGGCCUUAAAUUAUGUUUAAAUAUUAACUGAAACAUUAACUCGAUUAAUGAGAAGUUACAAUUGAAACAUUAACUCAAUUUCUUGCUAUGUGGCUGCAGGCUGACCUGCUGAGUAUUUCCAGCAUUUCCUGUUUGCAGUCACUUUCUUUUAAUAUUAUCUUCAAAGCAGAAACAGUACUGUAUCAAUUGCAUGCUGCCGUUUUUGUUUUCAAAUUGAGAAUCUGAUCUGUUAUUUUGGGUCUGAAAAAUUUAAAGUAGCUAAUUUUAGCAAACAGAGUCAUUGCCAUGAUAGCAACCACUGUGAGAAAAUUAAGAUGGACAGUUCACUCAUCCUUAAACAGAUGUUCCAUUAUUCUUUGAAGCCUGAAGGUUUGCUGUGAGAAAUAAUCAAUGCAAAAAAUUGGCAACAUUAGCUAACUCAAAUGGUACCGUUUAAAGCCUUUGCACUACAGCACAGUAAGUUUUAUGGCAGAUAAAUUACUUCAUAGCAGAUUUCAUUCAUAUUAUCCUUUAAUCCUAUGUGGGGAAACUGUGUGCUAUCCUUUUACUGAAACAAAUAAAGAACAUUUGAAUGUUGUUAAUUGUGUGUCUGAUUGUACAAUGCCAUUGUCAGCUUACAGAGAUGCUCCAAUACCCAUUAUGCCCUGAAUUUGCCGGUAUUGUCACAUUUGCUCUACUGUAAUAAUGCAAUGGUAUUUUGUUUUGAUGGAUGCUCAUUUAACAUGAAGAUACUGCUCCAGAUACCAUUUUUGACUACAAUCAGCAUUUUCCAAACUUGCACCUAUGCACUGCAACACAGCAGUGCGGAACAUACUGGCAAUCAGA